AUGUCGGCCAAAGCCAUCUCCGAGCAGACUGGAAAGGAGUUCCUCUACAAGUAUAUCUGCACCUCAGCAGCCGUCCAGAACAGAUUCCGCUAUGUCAACGUGACGGCGGAGACAGACUUUGACCGAGUGGCGCGAGAGAACCCGUGGCUGCUCACAGAGAGGUUGGUGGUGAAGCCGGACCAGCUGAUCAAGAGAAGAGGGAAACUGGGUCUGGUCGGUGUCAACCUGGACCUGAAUGGCGUCAGACAGUGGCUGAAGUCCCGCCUCAUGAAAGAGACAACAGUGGGAAAAGCCAAAGGUGUCCUCAAGAACUUCCUCAUCGAGCCUUUUGUCGCCCAUAAGCAGGAGGAGGAGUUCUACGUCUGCAUCUACGCCACACGGGAGGGCGACUAUGUGCUGUUCCACCAUGAGGGAGGGGUGGAUGUGGGAGAUGUGGAUGCCAAGGCGAAGAAACUGCUAAUUGGGGUGGAUGUAAAGAUCAGUGAAGACUCUGUGAAGAAACAGCUGCUGACCCACGUCCCCAACGACAAGAAAGCAGUCCUGGCCAGCUUCAUUGUUGGGCUCUUCAACCUGUAUGAGGACCUGUUCUUCACAUACUUGGAGAUCAAUCCACUGGUGGUCACUAAAGAUGGAGUUUAUGUGCUGGACAUGGCAGCCAAGAUCGACGCCACAGCGGACUAUAUCUGCAAGGCCAAGUGGGGCGAUGUGGAGUUCCCUCCACCCUUCGGCAGGGAGGCCUAUCCUGAGGAGGCCUACAUUGCUGACCUUGAUGCCAAGAGUGGUGCCAGCCUUAAACUGACCCUUCUCAAUCCCAGAGGCAGGAUCUGGACCAUGGUGGCAGGAGGAGGUGCCUCAGUGGUGUACAGUGACACAAUCUGUGACCUGGGUGGCGUCGACGAGCUGGCCAAUUAUGGGGAGUAUUCAGGAGCUCCAAGCGAACAGCAGACUUAUGAUUACGCCAAGACUAUCCUGUCUCUGAUGACCAGAGAGAAGCACCAUGAUGGAAAGGUUUUGAUCAUUGGUGGAAGCAUUGCCAACUUCACAAAUGUUGCAGCAACAUUUAAGGGGAUUGUUCGAGCUAUCCGAGAUUAUCAGGUGCCCCUAAAGGAGCACGAGGUCACCAUUUUUGUCCGCCGUGGAGGCCCCAACUACCAGGAAGGUCUCAGAGUAAUGGGAGAAGUUGGCAAGACCACUGGGAUCCCCAUCCAUGUCUUUGGCACAGAAACUCACAUGACUGCCAUUGUUGGCAUGGCACUGGGCCACCGACCAAUCCCCAACCAGCCUCCUGUGGCUGCCCACACUGCCAACUUCCUCCUCAACUCCAGCGGCAGCACAUCGACUCCAGCUUCCAGCAGAACUGCCUCUUUCUCUGAAAACCAAUCCAAAGUUGAGAGCUCACCCGCAAAGAAGGCCAAAACUGGAACUCCCAUCGCCAAGGCAACUACUCUCUUCAGCAAACACACCAAGUCUAUAGUGUGGGGCAUGCAGACUCGGGCAGUACAGGGCAUGCUGGACUUUGACUACGUCUGUUCCAGAGAUGAGCCAUCUGUUGCAGCCAUGGUCUACCCGUUCACUGGAGACCACAAACAGAAGUUCUACUGGGGCCACAAAGAAAUCCUCCUCCCUGUGUACAAGAACAUGAGUGACGCCAUGAAGAAGCACCCAGACGUGGAUGUGCUCAUCAGCUUUGCAUCUUUGCGUUCGGCCUUUGAUAGCACUAUGGAGACCAUGCAGUACCCACAGAUUCGCACCAUCGCCAUCAUUGCUGAGGGAAUCCCUGAAGCCCACACCAGGAAGAUCAUCAAGACUGCCGAUGAGAAGGGUGUCACAAUCAUUGGACCAGCAACCGUUGGAGGAAUCAAGCCAGGCUGUUUCAAGAUUGGGAACACAGGAGGCAUGCUGGAUAACAUCCUCGCCUCCAAGCUCUAUCGUCCAGGCAGCGUGGCCUACGUGUCCCGUUCAGGCGGCAUGUCCAACGAACUCAACAACAUAAUCUCUCGCACCACUGAUGGUGUCUUUGAAGGUGUGGCCAUUGGUGGGGACAGGUACCCAGGCUCCGUGUUUACUGACCAUGUGCUGCGCUACCAAGACACUCCUGGAGUGAAGAUGAUUGUUGUACUGGGAGAGAUUGGAGGCACAGAGGAGUACAAGAUCUGCGAGGCUAUUAAACAGGGCAGGAUCACAAAACCAGUGGUGUGCUGGUGUAUUGGCACCUGUGCCACCAUGUUCUCCUCAGAGGUUCAGUUUGGCCACGCAGGAGCCUGUGCCAACCAGGCGUCUGAGACGGCAGUAGCUAAGAACAACGCUCUGAAGGAGGCUGGUGCCUUCGUCCCCAAGAGCUUUGAUGAGCUGGGAGAGAUCAUCACAUCUGUUUAUGAUGACCUCGUCACCAAAGGAGUUAUAAAGCCAGCCAAAGAGAUGCCUCCUCCCACCGUGCCAAUGGAUUACUCUUGGGCACGAGAGCUGGGUCUGAUCCGUAAGCCUGCUUCCUUCAUGACUAGUAUCUGUGACGAGCGGGGUCAGGAGCUCAUCUAUGCCGGCAUGCCCAUCACUGAGGUCUUCAAGUCAGAAAUCGGCUUGGGAGGGACUCUGGGGCUUCUGUGGUUCCAGAGAAGGUUGCCGAGGUAUGCUUGCCAGUUCAUUGAGAUGUGCCUGAUGGUUACUGCUGAUCACGGCCCUGCUGUUUCCGGUGCUCACAACACCAUUGUCUGUGCUCGAGCCGGGAAAGAUCUCAUCUCCAGCCUCACGUCUGGCCUCCUGACUAUCGGUGACCGCUUUGGAGGUGCUUUGGAUGCUGCCGCAAAGCAAUUCAGCAAGGCAUUUGACAGUGGCAUGCUGCCCAUGGAAUUUGUCAACAAGAUGAAGAAGGAUGGGAAGCUGAUCAUGGGCAUUGGACACAGAGUCAAGUCGAUUAACAAUCCAGACAUGAGAGUCCAGAUCUUGAAGGAGUUUGUGAAGCAGCACUUCCCCUCCACCCAGCUGCUGGACUACGCUCUAGAUGUGGAGAAGAUCACCACAUCCAAGAAACCCAACUUGAUCCUGAAUGUGGAUGGCUUUAUUGGUGUGGCCUUUGUGGACUUGCUCAGGACUUGUGGUGGUUUUACACGAGAUGAAGCUGAUGAGUUUGUGGAAAUCGGAGCUCUGAAUGGCAUCUUUGUGCUGGGACGCAGCAUGGGAUUCAUCGGUCACUACCUGGAUCAGAAGAGGCUGAAGCAGGGUCUGUACAGACACCCCUGGGAUGACAUCUCCUAUGUACUCCCAGAACACAUGUCCAUGUAAUCAGAGGGAGUGUCAUCCUUCUGUCCUCUAAUCCCCACACCUUAGCUGUCAGUUCCCUGCCCAAUACUGUGAUAUGUCACCCCGAAGCAGUGGCAUAAUAUAGUGAAGAUGUUACUAUUAAUAUAGAUGUAAAUUGCAAAUACUGAAAAAGAAUAGAGUAUGUUUUUAGUUUUGGAAACCUGUUAGUGCUGCAGUUCUGUCAAUAUUAGUAAAACCUGUUCAACUGUAAAGUUCCAGGCAGACAAAGUCAGGGUCUGACCGUGUGUUAGGGAGAUAUGAAGACAUAUACAUAUGUAUACAGGUGCGGGAGUGUUUCACUGUGCAAGUCAAACACUGUUAAUUACCCACAAAUAUUACAUCAAUGUUGUAUUUACCAAGCAUGUGUGUCUGUACCUCAGACUGUCGUGUCUCUGUGCAGCUCUCUUCAUUGUGCCACUUGGGAGUUAUGAGCUUGCUACAAGGGGUGAACAUGUAGUGCAAUAACGCCUAUUAUAUGAGAACAUACUGUAGAUCAGAGCUUUAUUUAUGUAUAGGUGUAUUAAUAGUGAACAUUCAACAGUAAGAGAAUGUUAUAGUUUUUCUCUAAUGUUUUUACUGUGGGACCAUUUUAUGAGUCAUUCCUGGCAGGUGUUGUCCCCAGGAAAUAUUCUUUCCCAGCUGGUGGAAAACGUGGGAGUAUUUUCUAAAAAGUGUCUAAAUGAGUAGUCAAGUAUUGUUAGUCAAAGGUACAAAAAAUUAUAAUAUUUUGAAUGUGUUUUCUCUCCCUAAUUAAUAAAGAGGAUUAGGGCUUUUUGCCAUAAGCCCCAGGAUGCAGUUAUAGUUCCAUGUUCUGUUAGAAAUCAGCUAAAAACAUGUUAAAUGUUCACUCUCUUAAGGUCUGUUAUCUUAAUAUUGUUAACAUAAAUGCACUAAUGCCAUUGCAAUAGACUGAAUUGAAUUAUUCUUAGACUAUUUCUUUGUCAGCACUAAAAAUAAGUAAUUUUACGAAUAAUAUGUUUGGUAUAUAUAGUUUUUGGAUUUCUAGAGAUUGUUUAAUUUCUCUGUUAUGACUUUAGACCUGAUAGUGCGGGUCUCACUUUAGGAAAUUUGACUCGCUACUAAGUCAGAUUGCCAUGUUUGUUUCUAAUGAAGAGAAAACUGUAUGUGCAUGGUCUGUUUCGACUGUUCAGGGCCAAACUCUCUUCUUCAGUUCUCGUUGAAAUUAAAGAAACUUCAUACAUUUUUCCAUCAUUCGUGAGGUCCAAAAGAAAAGGUUUAGCAGCGUCAUCUUUUUGUGAAUGUUACAAAAGAAUCUGUGGACAACCAGAAACCUCACCAGUGUUGUCGCAAUGUUCGUUUUAAACUGUGUAAAUGUGAACUCAAUGUGCCUCUAUAUGGAUUUGUUGUUUGUUGACAACUGUGUAAUUGAAUAAAAUGAAAUUAAUGCAAUGUA